GAUUUUGAUUUCCCACUCUAGAACCGGUAUCUAGGUCACCAUGGUGACUGAACAGAAGUUGAUGAGAGCUAUUAGAGUCUUUGAAUUUGGUGGACCAGAAGUGCUAAAACUCCAGUCGAAUGUUGCCAUACCAAUUCCGAAAGACCAUCAGGUUCUAAUUAAAGUCCAAGCAUGUGGUGUAAACCCAGUGGAAACAUAUAUUCACUCUGGUACUUACAGUAGAAAACCACUUCUACCCUAUACUCCUGGCUUAGAUGUCGCUGGAAUAAUAGAAGCUGUUGGAGAAAGUGUAUCUGCUUUCAAGAAAGGUGACAGAGUUUUCACUACCAGCACAAUCUCUGGGGGCUACGCAGAGUACCAGACUCUGGCAGCCGAUCACAUUGUUUACACACUGCCAGAAAAACUGGACUUUAAACAAGGAGCUGCCAUUGGGAUCCCGUAUUUUACUGCUUAUCGAGCUUUGCUUCACAGUGCCCAUGUGAAAGCUGGAGAAAGUGUUCUGGUUCAUGGGGCUAGUGGAGGGGUUGGAAUAGCAGCAUGCCAAAUUGCUAGAGCUUAUGGCUUACAGGUUUUGGGCAUAGCUGGUACUGAGGAAGGACAAAAGAUUGUUUUGCAAAAUGGAGCCCAUGAAGUGUUUAAUCACAAAGAAGCUAAUUACAUUGAUAAAAUUAAGAAAUCUGUUGGUGAAAAAGGAGUUGAUGUGAUUAUUGAAAUGCUAGCGAAUGUAAAUCUUAGCAACGAUUUGAAUCUUUUGUCACAUGGAGGACGAGUAAUAGUUGUUGGCAGCAGGGGUCCUAUUGAAAUAAACCCACAGGACACCAUGGCAAAGGAAUCUAGCAUAAUAGGAGUUGCUCUCUAUUCAUCCACCAAGGAGGAAUUUCAGCAGUUUGCAGCAGUCCUUCAAGCUGGAAUGGAAAUUGGUUGGUUGAGACCAGUAAUAGGUCCCCAGUAUCCACUGGAGAAGGUGGCCCAGGCUCAUGAAGAUAUCAUUCAUAACAGUGGGGUUACUGGAAAAAUGAUUCUUCUCUUAAAUUGAUUAAUC